CCCAUCAACAAAAGAAAAACUCUUUUAAAUAUUAAAUAUUUCCACUCAAAAAUCCUUCGAACAAAUUUUUUUCCCUCUCUCGCUCUCGUUUUCAUUUUCUCUAGACGACUCCAAUCUUUGAUCCAUCAAAUGUAUUCUCGAAAUUGCAGAUCAAGAACCAAUCGACUAGCGAAAACAAUCUUUAUUCUCGGUGUUCUUAUUUUCUUUGUGAGUUGCUGCAAUGGAACAAGAACCACGAACAUGUUCACGAGAUCACCACCGAAACAAACCAACGAAGUUUCACCACCUCAUCAUCAUCACGAUCAUCAAGUACAAAAUCACAAAAGUGUACAGUUCUUGGGGUCCAUGCCACGUCAGUUUCCGGUUCCAGCCUCUGGUCCUUCGAGAAAACAUAACGACAUCGGUUUAGCUAGUACUACUACGACUCGAUCUUCUCCUUGAAGCUCAAAGAUUUGAUUAAUCAACCUCCUUUUUUUCUUUCUUUUUGUGGUUUUAUAUUGGUUUAAACAGAUGUAAAUAGGAUUUUAGUUCGAUUUAUUUUAAAAUUUAGUAUUGGAACUUGCUAGAUCUAUUGAGAUAGUGCAUGUAUGUAACUGUAAAGAGGCGACAUAAGGGUCUUUUUGUAGUACAACAAUCAUUGUUCUUUUUGAUUUUCUGACAAGGAAUGUUCCGCCCAUGCUUAAGUUUCUCA